CAGAUAGUCUGUUGGAUGCAAGCAAGUGAUCAGGGUGUCGUGGGUACGCGAAACGUGAACGGACCUACGAAUAAAGACAAGACCCAAAUAUAUAAUCACAAAGGCACUGUAGUCCUUCUCCCACUAUACUCUCUUGUCUAUAAUUCGGUUUUUUUCACGAGCACGCAGAUCUAAACAAAUAUAUCUUAGAAGGACGUCCUUUCAGCUCGGUAGCAAAAUGUAUACCAAUUGCGAAAGCGAUGGUGGUGGGGGAGGAGAUCGACGAAAUCACGAGUCUAUCGAGAUGUGUAAAGAUCUCGCCGUAUCUUCAGAGUCAAACACCCCAGCAAGUGGAACUACAUCCAAUCAGCAGCAGCAGCUAGUUAAGCUGGAUCAACUGCCGGAGCGAGGAUCAUGGUCUUCGAAGCUUGACUUCAUUCUCUCAGUGGUUGGACUAGCCAUCGGCUUGGGAAACGUUUGGCGAUUUCCUUAUUUGUGCUAUAAAAAUGGAGGCGGUGCUUUCAUAUUGCCCUACUUCUUGGCGUUGUUUCUAGCUGGUAUCCCAAUGUUUUUUAUGGAGCUGGCUCUUGGACAAAUGUUGACAAUUGGUGGACUGGGCGUGUUUAAAAUCGCCCCUAUAUUUAAAGGCAUUGGAUAUGCUGCCGCCGUAAUGUCUUGCUGGAUGAAUGUAUACUACAUUGUUAUUCUGGCUUGGGCGGUAUUUUACUUUUUCAUGUCAAUGAGAGCGGACGUGCCUUGGAGGACAUGCAACAAUUGGUGGAAUACCGUUAAUUGUGUCAAUCAAUAUGAGAGAAACAAUCUACACUGUUGGGAUAAAAUCAUCAAUGGCACCGCAAAGAAAAUUUGCUCCGUGGCAGCGACAAAUAUCUCUUCGACGGAACUCACAGACCCAGUCAAAGAGUUUUGGGAGCGUCGUGCACUUCAAAUAUCGCAUGGCAUUGAAGAGAUUGGCAAUAUUCGAUGGGAAUUGGCAGGAACCUUAUUGCUUGUUUGGAUUCUCUGCUAUUUUUGCAUUUGGAAGGGAGUCAAGUGGACGGGAAAAGUGGUCUACUUUACCGCGCUUUUCCCAUAUGUCUUGCUCACGGUUCUGUUAGUUCGUGGAAUAACUUUACCAGGGGCACUGGAAGGCAUUAAAUUCUAUAUUAUUCCAAACUUUUCGAAACUGUCUCAAUCAGAGGUUUGGAUUGAUGCUGUAACGCAGAUCUUCUUCUCCUACGGGCUUGGCCUUGGUACACUUGUGGCCUUGGGCAGCUAUAAUAAAUUUACAAACAAUGUAUACAAGGACGCGCUUAUUGUCUGCACAGUUAACUCCAGCACGAGUAUGUUCGCUGGCUUCGUAAUAUUCUCAGUAAUUGGAUUUAUGGCGCAUGAACAGCAGCGACCUGUCGCAGAGGUAGCAGCAUCAGGUCCUGGAUUAGCUUUCCUAGUAUACCCGUCGGCAGUAUUGCAGCUGCCGGGCUCGCCAAUGUGGUCUUGCCUCUUUUUCUUCAUGUUGUUGCUUAUCGGGUUGGAUUCUCAGUUCUGUACAAUGGAGGGAUUCAUUACAGCAAUUAUAGACGAGUGGCCCCAGCUGCUGCGAAAACGAAAAGAGAUUUUUAUUGCCAUUGUAUGCGCACUGAGCUAUUUAGUAGGCUUAACCUGUAUAACACAAGGCGGAAUGUAUAUUUUCCAAAUAUUAGAUUCGUAUGCAGUUAGCGGCUUUUGCUUGCUGUGGCUCAUAUUCUUUGAGUGCGUCUCAAUAUCCUGGUGCUAUGGGGUCGAUCGAUUUUAUGAUGGAAUUAAGGAUAUGAUUGGAUAUUACCCCACAGUUUGGUGGAAGUUCUGCUGGUGUGUCACAACUCCGGCUAUAUGUCUGGGCGUCUUUUUCUUUAAUAUAGUCCAAUGGACUCCUAUAAAGUACCUGGACUACAACUAUCCCUGGUGGGCUCAUGCAUUUGGUUGGUUCACUGCGUUGUCGUCUAUGCUGUAUGUCCCAGUAUACAUGUUCUGGUUGUGGAAACGAACACCUGGAGACUUGUGCGAGAAAAUCCGAGCGAUAGUGCGAAUAGACGAGGAUAUACCACGGUUACGCGAGAAAAUGCAGAGAGAGGCUAUUGCUAAGGAGAUUGAAUUUAAUUCAUUAUAGACAUAGUUAAGUUACCUACUAAUGAAUUAAGGCACUCUUCGUUGACACACCAUAUCAACGGUUCGAAUCCCACUUGAAUUUAUUUUUUGAUACUAUUGGAAUCGUGUUUUUCGCUGCGGACCAACUCUCCUUAUAUGGGGCUGGAGUUACACAGUGCUCUAGAGCCGCUAUUAUGCUAUACUAUAAUUAUUUCCACAAUGUGUGGUAGAACUUUAAAAAUUUGUAGUUUAGUACAUACAUAUUUAAAUGUAAAAUUAAGCCAAUCCGAGUUCUAGAAUGACUUUUAGUGCGUUUCGUGUGGUACUUACUCCUAAGAAAAUUCAAGUAAUGAAUAUUCUUGCUCUGAAGCACUCACGUAAAAUGGAUUACUAUCGUAAAUCUAGCAAAGAUCAAAACUAAUUUUAUCAAGAAAUCACCGCUUCACAAUACUUUCAUAAGGUAGGAAUUGAUUUUUUUGUCUGUCAGAGUGAAAUUAUCAUCUGUUAGUGUGGGCCCCCGCCACUUGCCUAAUGUAGUAAGUAUCCCCAAACCAAAGAAAUGUGAAGGGCAAUUAAUUCAGACUUUAACAGUAAGGGCUUUAUGCUUUUGGCUGGGAUGUGCCUUACAAUCGCCUUACAGUACAGAUGCAUCAUCCUUAGAUUUUAUUAAUAUGGUUAAUUUAAUUUACAAUUAUUCAUACAAGCUAGAGUAUAUUUAGCAAUAGACCAAUGCACAUUUGAUAGUAGACAAGCAAACACAUUCAUGUAUAUUAAUGUCGAUACCCACAAAAACAUUCAAUACAUACGAAUGCCUUGGAAGUCCUUUAAAUGUUGUUGUGUAACUUUACCUUAUAAAUAGCUAUAAGUUGCUUGUCGUGUCACAUAAAUAAAUACAUGCAUAAAUAAAUGCAUUAUCGUUC